AUGGCAGAUGUUCCCAAUGUGUCGCACUCCGUGGUCAAGCUGCGCACGAGCGAACGAGGAACACAGAACCAAACAGGCAGUGAACGCGGUAAGCUAUACCAAUCUCCCCGACAGGAACACAGAACCAAACAGGCAGUGAACGCGGUAAGCUAUAACCAAUCUCCCCGGCAGGAACACAGAACCAAACAGGCAGUGAACGCGACUUCCAUGUCUGAACCCAAGUCCAUAGAGUCCCUGGGUUCUGGCUGUGGUGUUCCAGACCAGAGAACCUCACAGCUGGGUCCAGAGAUGGUCUCAGUGAAGCUGGAGGACUGCAGUCAACCACUGCAACUCAAUGUGAUUGUCAAAGAAGAGCCAGAAGUCCUAGAGGAAGAGAUGGCUGUCAAAGAGGAGGAGGCAGAGGAGGAUAGAGCAGAGGUGGAGGAGAGAGCAAUCAAAGAGGAGGUGGAGGAGAGAGCAAUCAAGGAGGAGGUGGAGGAGAGCAGAGUCAACGACGAGGAGAGUCCAGUCAAACACGAGGUGAAGAAGAGCGGAGUCAACGACGCGGAGAGUCCAGUCAAACAGGAGGUGAAGGAGAGCGGAGUCAACGACGAGGAGAGUCCAGUCAAACAGGAGGUGAAGGAGAGCGGAGUCAACGACGAGGAGAGUCCAGUCAAACAGGAGGUGAAGGAGAGCGGAGUCAACGACGAGGAGAGUCCAGUCAAACAGGAGGUGAAGGAGAGCGGAGUCAACGACGAGGAGAGUCCAGUCAAACAGGAGGUGAAGGAGAGCGGAGUCAACGACGAGGAGAGUCCAGUCAAAGAAGAGAACAGGGAUGGGUCUCCAGAUGUAGAGGAAGUAGAUAGUAUCACUGAUCCAGGAGAGAUCUCCAACCCAGGUUCAGACAGUGAGCCCAGUUCCACAGCAUCAGGAAACCAUAAACAACACAGACGGAGGAACUCAGGACAGAAACAUCACCACUGCAUGGACUGCUUCACUAGUUUCUAUGAUCCAGAGGAGUUGAGAAGGCACACUUGUAGGCCCCGCCCCUGCUCAGAUUGCAGAGACAGUUUUAUUUGUCCAAUUCACCUCAAAUCACACCAACAGACUCACAGAAUAAAGAAGAUUUAUCCGUGUGAUCAAUGUGGGAAGAGCUUUCCGACACCAAGCAAACAGAUGACGCACCAGAAAACUCACACAGGAGAGAGGCCUUACCACUGCUCCCAAUGUGGGACGAGCGUCAGUAAUUUAGCACAUCUAAAGCGACACCAGAGGAUAAUACACCUGGGAGAGAAGCCUUACCACUGCUCUCAGUGUGAUAAGCGCUUCAGUCAGGCAGGUCAUCUGAAGACACACCAGCGAACUCACACAGGAGAGAAGCCUUACCACUGCUCUCGGUGUGGGAAGAGCUUUGGUCGGGCAGGAUCUCUGAAGACACACCAGAUUACUCACACAGAAGAGAAGCCGUAUCACUGCUCUCAAUGUGGGGAUAACUUCACCAGUUUAUAUUUCCUAAAGAAACACCAGAUAACUCACACAGGAGAGCAGCCGUACCACUGCUCUCAGUGUGGAAAGAGCUUCAGUCAGGCAGGAGACCUGAAGCAACACCAGCGAACUCACACAGGAGAGAAGCCAUACCACUGCGCUCAGUGUGGGAAGUGGUUUGGUUGGGCACGAGCUCUAAAGACACACCAGCUAACUCACACAGAGGAGAAGCCUUAUCACUGCUCUCGGUGUGGGAGGAGCUUCAGUCAGACGGCACACCUGAAGAAACACCAGCUAACUCACACUGGAGAGAAGCCUUACAACUGCUCUCAACGUGGGAAGGGUUUCAGUCGGCCAGCACACCUAACGAGACACCAGCGAACUCACACCGGAGAGAAGCCUUACCACUGCUCUCAAUGUGGGAAGAGCUGCGGUCAGACAGCAGACCUAAAGAGGCACCAGCUAACGCACAUCGGAGAGAAGCCUUACCACUGCUCCCGGUGUGGGAAGAGUUUCAGGCAUUUAAAAACUCUGAAGAUGCACCAGAUGAGAAGCUUUUCCACUGCUGUUAGUGUGGGAAGAGUUUUAAAUGCAUAAAAUAACAUCAGAAGAUGUUGCCCAACACUGACCUUUUUAUAAUGGUUUUGCCAAGCUGGGCAUCUCACCAAUAUUGACUGAGUUGUUUUUUUUCUUCUUCUCCAACCUGAUGUACAUUGUCAUAUAAAAAAAUGUACCAAAGCUUAUGAAAUAUGACACG